AUGGAAAAAUCCAUUACUAUUGAGGAAUUUUUGACCAGAUCAGAAUUGAGCCAGCAUGAUGAAGGGGAUUGUUUGCCAUCAGAAUUUAAGUCUCAGUUGCCAGAGCAUGUUAAAUUAGAUGACAGACCACUUGGUACAGGACAACUGCUAGACUGCUGGGAAAAGUUAUCCUCUCAUGAUCAAAUCAUUUUUCAGAAACAAUAUGGGGAUCUAUCACAUUUACUGAAAAUUAGGGUCCAACAUGCUUGUUUUCAGGCCAUGAUAGGGUUUUGGGAUCCAGAAUAUCGAUGCUUCACUUUUGAUACUGUGGAUAUGACUCCUACUAUUGAGGAGUAUGAAUCCCUGCUAAAUUGGCCAAAGUCAGAAAAGGUGUACUUUUACACACCUAUAGAGCAUGCACUUUCUAACUUUGCUUGGAUUACCCAGAUAGACUGUCAACUAGCAAAAUCACAUGCAACUAAACGAGGAAAUAGCCAGGGUUGGUUUUGGAAUGAGCUAGAAGCCAUAUUCAAGAAGAGAUUACAUGAUGAAAGCAAUGAAAUUCGAUUGAGAAUUUUGGCCUUAGGCAUAUAUGGUUUGGUUCUUUUCCCAUCUGCCGAAGGAAUGAUUGAUUUUGAAGCUGUUAAUGUAUUCAAAAAUGUGGUGACCCUUAAAAUUAACCCUGCUACAGCAAUAUUGGCAGAAACUUUCUCAUCCUUGAAUUAUUGCAGAAAAGCUGGAAGGGGUCGUUUAAGAUGUUGCUUGCAGUUAUUGUUUGUCUGGACUAUGAGUCAUAUGAUUGAGGGGAAGAUUUCAGGUCUGGUUGGUACCCCGUGGCAUCUUUAUUCUCAGCUGGAGAAUUUUGCUGAAAAACACUUGCAUGAAGUAGGAAAAACCACAUGGGAAUCAAUGUUCCUAAGUCUAAGUAAAUCUCAAUUUCAUUGGAGAAGUCGAUAUGCUUAUUUCAAAUCUUAUCUGGCGUAUUGUGGUGAGUACCCAUGGGUCCCGUUGAUAGGAGCCUGCUGCUGUAUUAACUAUUGUCCUAUCAUGGUUUUACGACAAUUUUGA